CUUAACCAUCCAUAAGGAAGGCCUGAGCACCUGCAGUGGGGACGUAAAAGGGCUGAUGAUGAUGAUCAUUUUAGUCUGAAGAAAAUAAUCAUAGAAAAUAACUCUUCAACAGAUCCGAAGCGGGCGAACACGUUGUACAUGACCUUUUCCGUGUUCACCAAUUCCCGAAAAUUCUUCACAUUCUACCCAAAUCCUAACGCGAUCACUUGUUUGGACGGGAUCAGAUCGAUCGCUAUGUUAUGGGUGAUCGUGGGUCAUACUUUUAGCACUCAGCUGUCGUUUAUUACUGCUAAUCCCCUGGAUAUGUUUCAUUUCAUAACCUCGUUUACUUCUCUCUGGAUCACAAGCGCUACCAUCACCGUCGACACAUUCUUCAUGAUCAGUGGUCUCCUUUUGGUUUACACAACAGCAUCCAAGCUAUCCAGAAUGGGUCUUAUCAAAAAUCUUCACUUGUUCUAUUUGAAUCGACUCAUGCGAAUGUUCCCUGUGUUGGCUACAGCAGUGCUCAUGCAAGCAUCCUUCCAGAAUAGGGUAACGGAUGGUCCACACUGGUAUAUAAAUGCACAGAAUACGAAUAACUGCAGGCAGUACUGGUGGACGACAUUAUUAUAUGUACAGAACUUGGUGAACCCUUUAACAAUGUGUCUGAGUCACACCUGGUAUUUGGCAAUUGACAUGCAGAUGUAUAUAAUAUCACCAUUAGUAUUAUUUUGGAUUCUCGGUGGUAACAAGAAGUCUGGAUGGGCAUCGCUGAUUGCCGCAGUUAUAGCUGUUAUUACAGCGUCGACGAUCUACAAUUUCUUGAUGGAGUUCCAAUCAGCAACUGUUUCUUUAUCUCGGACAGGUGAAGAAUCAUUACGAUAUAUGAUUGAGUACUACGUUCAUACUCUACCUCGUGCGGCACCAUUCUUUGUAGGAAUGUUAUUCGGAUAUAUAUUACAUUUGUGCAAAGGAAAAACAAUCUGGCUUCCUAAGAUUGUAGUUGCUCUGCUAUGGAUACUCGCUGGUGCAACUUCUACGACGAUAUUUAUCUCCACCUACUACACUAUUCAGCCUGAUUGGAACAAUCAGACUGUAGACAAUAUCUUAAAUUCCUUCAUGAGACCAGCUUGGGCUGCAAGUAUUGCAUGGCUGACUUUCGCGUGUGCUAAAGGCUACGGAGGUCCAAUUAACUGGCUCUUAUCAUUACACAUUUUCAAGAUCCUGGGUCGUCUCUCAUACGCGAUGUAUAUUCUGCAUUAUCCACUUAUUUACAUCAUUAAUGGCACAACGCUUGCACCUAUAUUUUUCUCAGUUGAAUACUCACUACAUCGUACCAUCAUUGACAUCAUGGUAGCGGUAAUCGCAGCUUACUUACUAACUAUACUCAUAGAUAUGCCAUGUUCGCAAAUCAUCGGUAUGGCGUUAGGAGGUGAGAUAAUUUUAUAUAUUUUUUUUAUCAUUAUUUCUGAAGUAAAGAAUCAGUAACUAUCAAAUAUUUUUAUGUUAGUACUUAUUAAAAAAUAUAAGAAGUAAAAUUUUUCUUUGUCGG